GACACGUACACACACAAACACAAAUACACAAUAAUAUAUAUCUCUAGCGCCUACCUAAAGCUUAGAGCUUCGCUUGAUAAUAAAGCUGCACACUAAGACCCCUUCUCCAUACCAAACACAACUGCAUCCCCCUCGUUUUUGUUUCCCCCAAUUCGUGUAGUGGAACCCAGUGAUGGCUUCGAAGAGGAUCUCGAAGGAGUUGAAGGAUUUGCAGAAGGAUCCUCCUGUUUCAUGCAGUGCUGGACCUGUUGGUGAAGACAUGUUCCAUUGGCAAGCCACAAUUAUGGGCCCUGCUGACAGCCCUUUUUCUGGUGGAGUGUUUCUUGUGACCAUACAUUUUCCACCUGAUUACCCAUUCAAGCCGCCAAAGGUGUCAUUCAAGACGAAAGUUUUUCACCCCAAUAUUAAUAGCAAUGGUAGUAUCUGUCUUGACAUACUUAAGGAGCAGUGGAGUCCUGCACUGACCGUAUCCAAGGUUCUGCUUUCUAUUUGUUCGUUGCUCACUGAUCCAAAUCCUGAUGAUCCUUUGGUGCCCGAGAUUGCACAUAUGUACAAGACUGAUAGGGCCAAGUAUGAGACCACUGCACGAUCUUGGACCCAGAAAUAUGCCAUGGGUUGAAAGGGAGCAUACAAAUGUUUGUUCUGAAUGUGGUUAUCAACUUAUUAUGCUAGUAAUAAAUAAAAACCAGUCUUAACUUACAAAAAUGUUGGUCUGUUUUGUUGACUGUUGUUCUUGGAGGAGGUCCUAUAUAAUAGUGUUAAUUUAAAACCUGUAGAUGUUUGUUUCUUUGA